AUGGCGGGUCAACACGCCCAAGAGUGGAGGAAAGUGCAAUCGGUACUAACCACACCCACCCGCUCCGAUCCAGACCUCCUCACCCGCAUCUCGCACCUCAUCCAAGCCGACCCGGGCCUCCCCCACCCGCGCCCCACCCCCGCAUUCUGGCAAAACCCACCGCACGACCUCCCCACCACCGCCACCACCCUCCCAGCGCGCGCAACCACCGUCGUCAUCGGCUCCGGCAUCACCGCCUGCAGCCUCGUGCGCGCGCUCCUCUCCAAGGACCAACCCGAAGGUGCUGCCGAUGACGUCGUCGUCGUGUGCGAGGCGCGCGGGCUGACCAGCGGCGCCACGGGGCGCAACGGCGGGCACCUGGUGUCGUCGGCGGUGGCGGACUUUGCGGGGCUGCGGGACGAGUUUGGCGCGGGCAUGGCGGCAAAGGUGGCGGGGUUCACGCUGAGGAAUGUGGAGAGGAUGUUUGAGGUGGUGAUGGAUGAUCGGGGGGAGGGGCUCGGGGAGGGGGUUGCCGAGGCGAGCGAGUUGAGGGCGGUGGACAAGGUGUUGGCGUUGAGGGAUGAGGGGGUGGUGGAGAAGCUGCGGGGGUCGGUGGAGGCGUUUGAGGAGGGGAUGCCGGGGGAGUGGAGGGGUCAGAUGAGGAUGGUGGGGAGGGAGGAGCUGGAGGAGAAAUACAAACUCCGCCACGUCGCCGGGGGCGCCAUCGGCAAGGGCGGCGCACUAUGGCCGUACCGUCUCAUCACCCGCACCUGGUCGCACCUCCUCUCGCAGCACCCCGACCGGCUCCGCAUCGAGACCUGGACGCCCGUCACCUCCGUCACCUCCUCGGACGAGCACGACCACGACCACGACCCCACGCACCCCUACCUCGUCACCACCCCCCGCGGCACCAUCCGAGCCACCGAAGUCGUCUACUGCACCAACGGCCACACGGGCCACCUCCUCCCGCGCCUCCGCAAACGCGGCGCCCUCUUCCCGCUGCGCGGCACCAUGACGGUGCAGGACUGCGGGCCGGCUUUCCCCAAGCAGGGCGACAGCAGGACGCUCAGCUUCUACGGCAGCGUCAAGGCAGUACGACGACCACGACGACAACGAAAACAGCAACAAACGAACAACGUCUCAAGCGCGAACGACACCAACAUCAGCAUCGACGAAAACGAAAACGGAAACGACAUCGACUCCGACGACCCCAACGACUCCGACUCCUCCUCCUCCUCCUCCGACGACCCCAUCUUCGACCUCGGCCUGCACUACAUGCAGCAGCACGCCGCCACCGGCGCCGUCUUCAUCGGCGGCGAGACGGCCACGGCGGCCGACCUGCUGACCGCCGACGACAGCCGCGUGUCGCAGACGUCGCUCGCCACGCUGGAGCGCGUGCUGCCGGCCGAGUUCGCCGACGACGUCUGGGAUCAGGCGCUGCUGCCCGGCCGGCAGCAACGAGGAGGAGGGGAAGCAGGAGGAGCAGGAGCGGGAGGAGCGGAAGGAGGAGGAGAAAGAGGAGGAGAAGAGGGACGGCAGCAUCAUCACCCCAAAGUGACGAGCAAGUGGUCCGGCAUCAUGGGCUUCACGGCCGACGGCGUGCCGCUGGUGGGGCGGCUGCCGGAAGCCGCGACGGGGCGACGGAACGGCGGCGGCGGCGGCGGCGGCGGCGGUGGUGGGGAGUGGAUCGCGGCCGGGUUCAACGGGUACGGCAUGGGCAACUGCUGGCUGAGCGGCGAGGCGCUGGCGGGCAUGAUGCGGGGCGAGGACGUGAGCGGGUGGCUGCCCGAAUGCUACCUCGCGACCGAGGAGAGGCUGGCCUCGCUGCAUGCCGGGAAGGCGGCCGAGCGCUUGUUCGGGUGUUAG